UGAAGCUUCACGCUGAUUUUCAUCACACACUCCCACCGGUCACACAGCUGCAGAGCUUUCUCUGGGGGGGAUUAUUACAGAAAAAUACCACAAACAUUUAGUCUGUGGGAAAUCUGUUGACAGACUCGUCCACGCCUUCUUUCUCUGGACAAUAAGCGUGAAAGAAACACGCUUUUACCCCCCCUCCCCGAGUUUCACAACCCUCCUUGAGUAACAAGAGGUCAGGAGUAUCUGGGAAUACUCCGGUGUGUCAACGAGAUUGUCUCGGUCGUUUUUUCUGUCUGGACAACAGGCGCGUGCGUUUCAACCGCUCACAUUGGGGGACAAUUGUGCCAUUUAAAGUCUUCACCUUUUGCUAAACGCAUAUUUCAGCCAUGGAGUUGAGUUCAGUGAUCUUAACCACCGGAGGCUCCGUCGGAUUUUUCAGGCUCUUAAACGCGGGGGUCAGAAAACUGCCCAUGCCUGAAUCUGCCUGCAGGAAUGCAUGGAAAUGGAGAAAUAUUUCUACAUCCUUCGUGCACAGUUUUAUCACUGCGAUAUGGGCAGUGCUUUGCUUUUUCCGUCAACCACAGAUGGCUGAAGAUUUGAUAGAAACUCACUCUGUGUUUUCUCACGCCUUGGUGUCGUUUUCGAUCGGUUACUUCAUCUAUGACUUCCUUGACAUGGUGGAGUACCAGAAGCUGAGUCAGUCCUGGGAGCUUCUCUUUCAUCACAUGGUGGUGAUCGCAUGUUUCGGCUUCUCUGUGCUGACUUUCCGCUACGUGGGCUUUUCCGUGGUGGCCCUGAUGGUCGAGAUAAACUCCGUGUUCCUCCACCUCAGGCAAAUGCUGCGUAUGGCUGGCAAUGCCACAGGCACGCUGUACCGGGUCAACAGCAUCAUCAACCUGGGCACGUACGUGGUGUUCCGCAUCAACACGCUGGCCUGGAUGACCCGCUGGCUGGUGCUCAACAGGGACAACGUACCCCUCCUGGCCUACACGCUGGGCAGCGUCGGCAUGGCCAUCAUGACGGCCAUGAAUAUUGUGCUGUUUUAUCGGGUACUCAAGAGCGACUUUUUGAAGAGCAGCACCCGGGAGAACAAGAAAGAGAAGGAAAUGUAGAGAGUAGAGGACACGAGAAGGAUUAUAAUUGAUAAACACUCGCUACUGUUUGUUAACGCCCUGUGGCUGAGAUUUGGCACUGGUUUGCUCGUGUGUAAUACACUCCCAAGCUGGGAGAUGUAGAGAUGUUUAUUUGUAUGUCUACUGUACAGGUACAUGCAUACAAGUUGUAAUCAAAUGGCCUCAACCACAGAUCACACACAGCCAUUAUGUUAAAAGCUACAUUUAGUUGUAGUUUUAACUUCAGGCUUGUGUACAAGUGUGGUCGAAUCAUCCUUCAGUGACGUUAGCAGCUCACUAAUGGUUAAUGCAGGAUUUUGUCAUAUGAACAAUUUAACGCCAGACGCCUUAUUUCCCACAGGGUGUUUAAGCUAACCCACAAAAACCAACCUACUAACACUCAAAACACACAACAAAUAUUUCCAUACAAAGCAAGUACAAAUAUCUUAAGAAUAACCAUUUAUUUAUAUUUAUAUUUAUAUAUAUAUGAAUAUAUUAUACUAUACUGUUGUGGGUUAAUCCCACGUAACAUUUACCACUGAGUAAAAGAAUCUGUGGAAUCCAAACCCUCUUGUUGUUCAACAUUAGCACUGCUGAGGUUCAUUUCUCUUUUUGUUCUCCAACAGAUCUCCUCGAUUAACAAAACUGCCUGCUACCUCAGAAAGCUUGCAACAAUUAUUAUAUAUUUGCCUGACUCUUUCACAAGCUUUGCUGUCAGUUGUUUGUUAUUAUUAGAGCAGAAACUUGUAAAGAAAGAAUUGUAUACAAAAAGGGAUAUUUCUUAUGAAUAUCCAGCAAAUACCAAUGUUUACUUCAGGAUAGACUUCGGUAAUCGAGUGAUGGGUGAAUACUUUGAAGUGGCAUGAACAUAAAACACAUCAGGUUUGAUGACACAAAGCAGAACUGUUUGAUAUUUUGUAACUAAACAAUCAUGCUUUUCCAAAUUGUAUUGAAAUGAAAAAUCAUUUAGAAUUGAUAAAUCAGACCUAGAUAAGAUAAACUUAACUUCAUUGAGUUAAAUACAGUGUAGCCCUAAUCCUUAAAACAACUGGAGGCCCUCAGAUCUGAUUGUCAAACCGUACUGGGUUGUCGUGUCGGUAGAUCUUGGAGGAACUAAACAAAAUCAAGUAGAUUUUGACUCUUGACGGACGAUGUCUGCUGUACUUUUCCGACUCUUUAAACCAGUAAAAUGGAAACAAAACAAGCUAAAAGGCAAUAAGCAGUGCUGCAGAACUUACUGACAUUAAUAUUUUCAUGGUUUGUAUCUAAGCCUUUCGUGGGCGCGUGAGUUUGCAGUAGGAGCUUUCAGACAGACCGGCGUUGUUAUUCUUCAUUUGGCCUUUAGAGGGCAGCACAUUCCUCCACACUCCCUCAGUGAUCUCAACACCAGAGAUGUCCUUAUUUUGUAACAUUUUUGUAGAUCUGUGCCUCUUUAAUUUGUACGGAGAGAUGCAGAGAAAUUCCUGAGGUCUGAGAUCUGUGAAUACAGCAAACUGUUGUACACGCGGCUGCACUCUCUUCCCACUCACAUCAUGCAUUACAGUCCUUAUAUGGUAUGGAAAUAUCUGAUGCUUUUUUCUUGUGUCUAAUCAUUGUUUGGGAGGUUGCACUGUGUUUAUUUGUAAAUUAUUUGUACUCAAAAGAAGUUGAAUGUGCCUGUUGUGAAAAACUGUUUAUUAUAGUGAAGCCGAUAUGAUUGCAUAAGUGGUGUUGUUGCGAGGCAUUGUGCCACUUUGGGUCUGAACUGCUCAUGUUCAAGCCCUAAAACCAGGCUGUCCAAUAAUAUUACAAACACAGUGAAGAGACACGGACAUGCUGUACUCGGAUACAUGACACACACACUGUACACUUAAAUGCAGUUGAUGAAAUGACACAGACACAGACAUCACUGCACUUCAGAAUCGGCACUGAUUGGGUGGGAGACUGUUAAAUUUGGAUUAUUGUUGUCGUAGCUGAUUCAAAGAUCAAAAGCAACUCCCUUUUUUAAAUUUUAUUGAUAAUUUAUAUUUGCAACUUUCUUUUCUUUUUUUCAAGUCUCCAAAAGGCUUAGAGCAGCUUUGUGGUUGUAGUGAAGACAACUGGUGACUGUUGAAGUUCUUUCUGACAAGAAAGCUUAUUUUUGUGAAUGUGUUGAGGCUGUAGUGUUAUUGCAAGUAUACAGUAUGUUGCGGUGUGCUUUUAGGAAUUGUGAUAACGUAUAGCUGCCACCUCAAGAUGCCUCCUCUUAUCAAUGUUGUAAUGACACUGAGGGGGAAACGAGCUGCUUGUUCUGCUCUCUGCGGCAGCGGUUAUGAAGUCUUGUUGCCACACUGCCUCGUAUUUCUCAUCAUACACAGUAAAUGUUGACUGCAUUGAUUUGUAUCACAACCAAUGAAGAUGACCAGUUUCGUGUCCUUGCUUGUUGAUUUAUAGGUUGUUUUUUUUUCUGGUGGUUGGUGAAAUAUUGUUAAGUAUGAAAAAAUGAAGUUCAUAACAGUGAGGACUAUUGGCACAGUGCAUCAUGUCAAAGACUUGAAACCCUCCAUCGAGGGGAAAUAUUCAAACGACUGAAGCAAGCGAGACCCACUGAGGUCGUAGAAAAAGCAAAGAUCAGCUUUACCGAUUUAAACUGUCCUGUUUCACUGAAUUAUGCCUUUAAGUGUAAAUAUAAAAGUUUUAUUUUUUCAUCUUUUGGCAGAUUGUUUUUAAUUAAAACUCCAAUUUAUAUGUUUAUAUAUUAACAUUAUUUGUUCAACGUGAAAAUAAAAAAAGGA